GAAUGGCCGGAGAACACAGAGUUCAGCAGUAAAUAUAAUAUUUCUUUUUUCAGGUUCAGCAGAAAAUAGUUCACCAAACCUCUCCCUGCCCCACCUUUCUCCAUCUCUAUAAAAAUCAUCCCCAAACCCGCAACACACAGACGAGUAAACAACAAAUGGAUCCUCAAAAGCCAACUCUUUGUGUUCUCGACGCUUCCACUUACGUGGGCUUUUGGGUCACCAAAGAAUUGCUAAACAGAGGAUACCCAGUUCAUGCAGCCGUCCAGAACAGUGGAAAAUCAGAGAUCGAGAAGACAAUCAGAGAGAUGGGUAAACUGGAGAAUGGGCUGGUGGUUUUUCCCGUGGAUAUCAUGGAUUACCAGAGCAUUCUUGUAGCCUUAAAGGGGUGCUCCGGUUUGUUCUGCUGUAUGGACACACCCCAGGUGUAUGAUGAAAAAAUGGUGGAUUUGGAGGUGAGAGGGACUAUAAAUGUUGUGGAGGCAUGUGCUCAGACAGAAACCUUAAAUAAGAUUGUCUUCACCUCCUCCUUGACUGCUGCUGUGUGGAGGGAGAAUAUCCUUUCCGAGAAAGAUGUGGAUGAAAGAUGCUGGAGUGACCAAGAAUUUUGCAGGAAAAUGAAGUUGUGGUAUCCUCUGGCUAAAACACUAUCUGAACAAGCUGCCUGGGCUCUAGCAAUGGACCGUAUGCUGAAGAUGGUCUCCAUUAAUGCUGGACUGGUUCUAGGUCCCGCUGUUGCUGAAGAAAAUUCUGUAUCAACAAUCUCAUAUCUCAAAGGAGCUGCCCAGAUGUAUGAAAAUGGAGUUCUGGCAGUGGUUGAUGUGAAGUUUCUAGUGGAUGUUCAUAUCCGCGCAAUGGAAGAUUCCUCCACGUGUGGUCGAUAUUUUUGCUUUGAUCAGAUAGUGAACUCUGAGGAAGAAACUCUAAAACUUGCCAAUACAUUGAGGCCAUUGAUAUCUCUUCCGUCAAGAUACGAAUGCCAAGGAAGGGAAGCUUUUGCUGAGAGACUCAGAACCAGGAGACUGCACAAACUGGUGGAAGCCACUGCUUAUUAAUUAAUUGAUGUAAAACUUCUGUUAUUUUGUCAUUUUUUUUCUUUUUAAUUUUUACUUUUAGAGCAAAGAAAAACUACUGUGUAGAGCGUACUGUAUUUGUAAUCUAAUAAUUAAAUAGUGAAAUCUUGUAUUUUCAUUUACAUGGAAAGAGGUUCAGGAAAUGAUCCGUAA